CCGAUUUUGCUGGUUAUGAUGAAACCGAAUGUGUUGUUAAAACCUGUCGUCCUGACAGUGUUCCACAUUGUACCUUUCGUUGCGGAUUCCAGUCAUUAGUAUUGUCAUCAGAAGAUCUAAGUAAUGGUGAAACAAUUGUUGGCUUUUAA